AUGGCACCGAUCAGAAUAGCAUUGAUCGGGCUUUCCAAGUCGGCGAAGACAUCUUGGGCACGCGAUGGACAUCUUCCAUACCUGCUAUCUAAGCGAGGUCGAGAUCGAUUCGAGAUCAAAGCCCUAUUGAACUCCAGCGUUGACGCCGCCAAGCGCGCCAUCGAAAUUUACAACCUACCUCCAGAUACCAAAGCCUACGGUUCAGCAGAAGAUCUCGCCAAAGAUGAAGACAUCGACCUCGUCGUCUGCACAACCCGUGUUGACGUCCACUACGACACCAUCAAGCCUAGUAUCGAAGCCGGCAAAGCUGUAUUCGUGGAGUGGCCAUUAGCAGAAAAUCUGCAAAGAGCCACUGAGCUUGCAGGACUUGCACGCAAGAGUGGAUCGCGCACGCUCGUUGGUCUCCAAGCACGCGUUGGGCCUGUGUCGGUCAAGUUGAGAGAACUUCUCACAUCUGGACAUGUCGGCAAAGUUUUGAGUAGUUCGCUGCAGGCUUUCACCCUGUACAGUAACCGCGACUCGAUUUCCGAAGGUCUGGCGUAUUUUCUCGAGAAGAAAGUCGGUGGGAAUCCAAUCACGAUUGCUUUCGGGCAUAUGAUAGAUUUCGUUCAUUCGGUCCUAGGAGAAUUCGAAAGCUUCCAUUCUCACUCCCAGAUCCAACAUCCUGAACAGAGGAUCAAUGGCGCGGAUGGAAAAGUGAAGGGAAAGUACACUUCUGACGUUCCCGACCUCCUGUCUAUACACGGAACUCUGCAGGCAUCAAGCCGUGUCGCGAAAGGAGCCAGUCUUAUCGUCAACUUCCGUAAAGGUCCUCCUUUCCCAGGAACUCUCCCAUUCAUCUGGACCAUCAAUUGCGAAAACGCGGAAAUCCGGGUGACUAGUGAGAGAGGCCCAUUUCUGCAGUCAGAGUCCAAUAGUUACCCGGUGCCCAUUGAGCUUCAUGACUUCGCGUCUGGUGAGGUGAAGAGCGUUGAAUGGCUUUGGGAAGAUUGGCAAGAAGUGAUUGCUGCAAGGUCUCGGAAUGUUGGGAAGCUGUAUGAUCUUUAUGCUGAAGGUAGGGUUGAGGAGGCGUCCUGCGCAACUUUUGACAGUGCUGUUUGGCGCCACGGACAGCUGGAUUGGAUCUUAUAUGAGCAGUAG